AUGGAGAAGAACAAGCCAGGGCCAUCGUCGCCCAUUGAUGAGCACCUGUCUGGCCUUCCAGAGGUGACCCUCCUGGUAGCUCCUCCAUGCACCCGGGAAAGGCAUUAUGAGCACCUUGGACGGUGUUGCAGCAAAUGCGAACCAGGAAGAUACCUGUCUUCUAAAUGCACUCCUACCUCUGACAGUGUGUGUCUGCCCUGUGGCCCAGAUGAGUACUUGGACACCUGGAACGAAGAAGAUAAAUGCUUGCUGCACAAAGUCUGUGACGCAGGCAAGGCUCUGGUGGCAGUGGACCCUGGCAACCACACGGCCCCAAGGCGCUGCGCCUGCACCGCUGGCUAUCACUGGAACCCAGACUGCGAGUGCUGCCGCCGCAAUAUGGAGUGCGCUCCGGGCUUCGGAGCCCAGCAUCCCUUGCAGCUCAACAUGGACACGGUGUGCAUGCCCUGCCUCCUAGGCUUCUUCUCAGAUGUCUUUUCAUCAACGGACAAAUGCAGACCCUGGACCAACUGCACCCUCCUUGGAAGGAUAGAAGCACACCCAGGAACGAAGAAAUCAGAUGUGGUCUGCAGCUCUUCUCUGAGAAAACCACCCAAGGAAGCCCAGAUUUACUUGCCUAGUCUCAUCAUUCUGCUCCUCUUCGUCUCUGUGGUGUUAGUUGCUGCCAUCGUCUUUGGUGUUUACUACAGGAAGGGAGGGAAAGCACUGACAGCUAAUUUGUGGAAUUGGGCCAAUGACACUUGCAGCAGCCUAAGUGGAAAUAAGGAGUCCUCAGGUGACUGUUGUAUUGGUGCCCACUCGUCAACCUCCAGUCAUCGAGAAGUGUCUGAAGGUGUCUUCCUAAUGACUCUGGAGGAGAAGAUGCUUCCAGAAGACAUGUGCUAUCCAGAAGAUGGUACUGGCGCCUGUGGGCCUGUGUGUGCAGCAGGCGGGCCCUGUGCAGGGAGUGGAGAUGCCGUGAUGUUCACAUUGGUCAGCGAAGUUGAGACCCAAGGGGACCUCUCAAGGAAGAUUCCCACAGAGGAUGAGUACACAGGCCGGCCCUCACAGCCCCCUGAUGGGUCCCUGUUCCUGAUCCAGCCUGGAAGCAAAUCCACACCCCCUUUCCAGGAGCCUCUGGAGGUUGGGGAGAAUGACAGUUUAAGCCAGUGUUUCACAGGGACGGAGAGCACCAUUGAUUCUGAAGGCUGCAACUUCAUUGAGCCUCCAUGCAGGACUGACUGUACUCCAUUGUCCCCUGAAAAGUACUCAAAAAAAGAAAUAGAGGGUGACAGUUGCCGACCCUGGGUGGCCGGCUCCAACUCAUCAGAUGGCUACACAGGCUGUGGGAACACUCCUAGGGAGGACCAUGAACCCCUUAUGGGUUCUCUGAAGUGUGGACCAUUACCCCAGUGUGCCUACAGCAUGGGCCUUCCCAGUGAAGCAGCAGCCAGUAUGGCAGAGGUGGGAGAGCAGCCCCAGGCCAGGGCUGAUGAAAAGCUUCCAAGCUCCGAGAGGGGAGCCUCGGGUUCUGGGAGUUCCCCCAGUGACCAACCACCUGUGUCUGGAAAUGUGACGGGAAACAGCAAUUCCACGUUCAUCUCCAGCGGGCAGGUGAUGAACUUCAAGGGCGACAUCAUCGUGGUGUACGUCAGCCAGACUUCGCAGGAGGGCCCGGGCCCUGCUGAGCCCGGGCCGGAGCCGGAGCCGCUUCGCCCACCACCACUACCUCCCAGCCUGUUGCCAACCGUGGCUUUCAGUGGCUGGGCCCACGUCCCGGAGGCCUGUUUGUUUGUCCUAGUGUUCGUUACUGUUUGGCUCUCUUCCACCUGCUGCCAGUGCCAAACUAUUUAUAUCAACACGGAGAAGCCUUGGGGCACUCCUGGUUUCCCCCAAGGAAAUGGCAGCUCUUGGACCAUCAGCUUGGACAACAAGGUCUUUGCCUCAGAUGAAGAACUCUGGCCACGAGGCGUGCUGUGGAACUUGCCCCAAAGGGUCAUGACAGCUGAGUCACAGAGAAUGGCAUUGAAACUGGCAUUCCGAGGGAAGGAGAAUGCCCACUGGGAGCAGAGCCAAGGUGCUGAGUCAUGCUCCUGGGCGCUGUAUUACUUGCUUGUGUCAAAGCUUCUAGAAAAAGGGGAUGCUGCCCUUCCUUGA